AUGGAGCCCUUGACAGUUUCCACAGCCCCAGCGGUGCCUCCGGCCAUGGACUUGGAGGAGCCCAGGGACACUCUUGCCACUCAGGACCUAGCCCCUGUCUGCCAGUGGGACCCGGUGCCAGGAGCCCCCAGUGUCCUAAAUCAGAUGGAUUUUGAUGGAUCGGGAAUCCAGGACCUGCUGCAGCAAUUUGAGGCUCUGCCGGAUGAUCUAGGAGGUCUGUCUUCUGAGGGACAUCCCUGCCCCCUGCACAUUGCCACUGGCCACGGCCUGGCCUCCCAGGACAUUGCUGACACCCACGGGCUCCUGUUCGCUGAGGCUGGACAGGACGACGUGCUUAACCUUUUGCGCUGUGACGAGUGCCCGCCUUCCCAGCCUGGCCCCCAGGAGGUUCCAGAACCUGCUCCUCGUCUGCUGCAGCCCCCCGAGGACCCAGACAGGGAUGCGAGCCUUCCAGAAUGGGCAGAGGGAGCUACUGCUGAGCAGGAUGACGACAGGAGCUCUAGCAGCUCUCCAGAGCCCUGGCUGGAGACAGUGCCCCUGGUUAGGCCCGAAGAGUCACCUGCCGGCACCCAGAGCCCCAAGACCCUGACUUCGUACCCUGCCUUCCAAGAGGCACCCGGUCCCUGUGACCACGAAGACCUCUUAGACGGUGUCAUAUUCGGGGCCAAGUACUUAGGCUCAACCCAGCUGUUGUCCGAGCGGAACCCGCCCCCCAGCACCCGCAUGGCCCAGGCCCAGGAAGCGAUGGAUCGCGUCAAGGCCCCUUCUGGGGAGACCCAGCCCAUGACGGACGUGGACCUCUUUGUCUCCACCAAGCGGAUCAAGGUUCUUACGACCGACUCCCAGGAAGCCAUGAUGGACCACGCACUGCAGACCAUCUCCUACAUCGCUGACAUCGGCAGCGUGCUGGUGCUCAUGGCUCGGCGGAGGCUGGCCCGGCGGCCGGCUCCCCAGGACCACGACCGCCGGCUCUACAAGAUGAUCUGCCAUGUUUUCCACUCAGAGGAUGCCCAGCUCAUUGCGCGGGCCAUUGGACAGGCCUUCUCCGUGGCUUACAACCAGUUCCUGCAGGAAAGUGGUAUCGAUCCCAGUCAAGCGGCCACCAGGCAGAACCUGGGGGCCACAGGGCCUGGCCACCUCCACAAUGGGGACCUGGAUCACUUCUCCAACAGCGAGAACUGCCGGGAGGUGCAGGUCAAGAAGCGCCCAGGUGAGGGCCUGGGUGUGGCCCUGGUGGAAUCGGGCUGGGGCUCCCUGUUGCCCACGGCUGUCAUCGCCAACCUGCAGCGUGGGGGCCCCGCGGAGCGCUCAGGGGCCCUCAGCAUCGGGGACCGCCUCACCGCCAUCAAUGGGGCCAGCCUGGUGGGGCUGCCCCUGACCGCCUGUGAGGCCGCCAUCCGCGAGGUGAAACCGCAGACAUCAGUGACCCUCAGCAUCGUCCACUGUCCCCCAGUCACUACCGCCAUCAUCCGCCGGCCCCACACCCGUGAGCAGCUGGGCUUCUGCGUGGAGAACGGCAUCAUCUGCAGCCUCCUCCGAGGCGGCAUCGCCGAGCGCGGAGGUGUCCGUGUGGGGCACCGCAUCAUCGAGAUCAACGGGCAGAGCGUGGUGGCCAUGCCACACGCCCGCAUCAUCGAGUUGCUCACCGAGGCACACAAUGAGGUCUACAUCAAGACGAUGCCUGCCGCCACCUACCGCCUGCUCACGGGCCAGGAACAGCCUGUGUACCUGUGA